CAAAUAAAAAUCGUAACGUUAGAAUAUUAUCAGCGAUCCAAUUCUCGCGCGUCUUCAUCUGUCGCCAAUUAAAUUCGUUUCCUAUCGCGUAACGCAAUCAAAGAACCGCCAAAAUAAAGAGGUAACCUGCUUUCAAUUUUUGAUUCCAGAGGGAGAGCGAUGACUGCCGUCUUUGCCUACAAAACCUUCUCUAUAAGCCUGGGCCUCAACCCCGCGUCUGCGCGAUCGUCGUCUUCCCCGCUUGCCGGCGGGCGACUCAAUUGCCGCAGCGUGUCAUGCCAGAAGAGGUCCGUGGAGGCCGAAAGCCCCGUUCGAACAGAGAGGACAGUUUCCAUCUCGUACUCGGAACUCAAGGACGAGUGCCGGGAUUUGUCAUUAAAGAUCGAAGAAGGGUUUGGACCAAAUGGAUUGGGGAUCAUAUCAAUAUCAGAAGUCCCUGAAUUCUCUGAUUUACGCCAAACUCUCUUAAAUCUAUCACCCAGAAUAGCAAGCCUGCCAAAUAAUGUUAGAAAUCAGCUUGAAGAUCCUGAUAGCAGGUAUAAUUUUGGAUGGAGCCAUGGAAAGGAGAAACUUGAAUCUGGUAAAUUUGAUACAUAUAAAGGAUCUUUUUAUGCCAAUCCUGUUUUAGAUGUGCCCACGACUGAUAGUUCCCUCAUACAGCGGUAUCCACACUACUGCCGACCAAAUAUAUGGCCUACUCAUGCUUUGCCUGAUCUUGAAUCAGCUUUUAAAGCUCUUGGAAAACUGAUCCUGGAUGUCGGGCUGCUGUUAGCAUAUCACUGUGAUCAUUAUGUUUCCAAAGCAAUGAAAACAAACGAGGAUUACUGCCUUCAGCAAAUCCUAAUGCGCUCCAGAUGCCACAAAGGUCGUCUGUUAUAUUACUUCGCCAAACAGCAAAGUGAAAGCAUGAAAGAUGCUAGUGUUUCUUCUUGGUGUGGCUGGCAUACUGACCAUGGAUCUCUCACAGGGCUUACUAGUGGAAUGUUCAUGAAAAAUGGGGUUGAGAUCUCCUGCCCUGACGUUGCAGCUGGUCUAUAUGUUACAACACGUAAUAAUAAUAUUGUCAAAGCUGUCUUUGGGGAAAAUGAGCUGGCAUAUCAAAUUGGCGAGAUAACUGAAAUACUUUCACAAGGCCUUCUAUCUGCUACUCCCCACAGUGUACAGGCACCUAAAGGUGAAGCAUCGAUUGGUGUAGAACGCUCAACUUUUGCACUUUUUAUGCAGCCUGACUGGGAUGAGCUUCUCAAAUUUCCAGCUGAAAUUCGUCAUCAUCAGGAGUUGAUCUCACCAAAUGGAACUCUUACUUUCGGAGAGUAUUCUGAAGCACUUCUUAACAAGUAUUAUCACCGAAAGCUCUUGUGAAUCUAUGAUGGAUGCUCUCUUUUGCCACGUGAUUACAUAUUUGAUUAUAAAUGCAACUGUGCUUGCCACUCAACCUGGGAAUCAUACUGACAAUAAUGGUGCGUGUAUGUAUCUUUUAUUUGAAUGACAGAAUAGUUGGUCUUUAUUUUAUUUAUUAAAAUAAAAUAUGUAAUUAUGCUUUAUUCAAUGUCAGAUAUCACCAAUAAUAAAUUUUGGUUAACGGUCGACUUGUCUUUUGCUGGUAGCAGACGUAAUUUCUCUGUU